AGUAGUGACAAGAUGGAGGAGUACCAGGGGCAGCACGGUCACGCCGUCGACGAGUACGGCGACCCCGUGGCCGGGCACGGCAACCCUGUGGCACGCUCCGCCGCCGGCGCGUUCACGGGCGCCGGCGGGCAGCUCCAGCACGGCAGGGAGGAGCACAAGACCGGCGGGAUACUGCACCGCUCCGGCAGCUCCAGCUCCAGCUCGUCUUCUGAGGAUGACGGCAUGGGCGGGAGGAGGAAGAAGGGCGUGAAGAAGAAGAUCAAGGAGAAGCUCCCGGGUGGCCACAAAGACAACCAGCAGCACAUUGCCGCGGGAACCGGAGCUGGCGGGGCUUACGGGCAGCACACGGCCGCGGGAACUGGGGCCGGCGGAGACUACGGGCAGCAAGGGCACGCAGGAAUGGCCGGCGCCGGCGAGAAGAAAGGACUCAUGGACAAGAUCAAGGAGAAGCUGCCCGGACAGCACUGAGCUGCCGGCCUCGGCUGGCUGUCCGCUGCCUACUAGUCCUCUCGACUCUCGAGUUAAGCUCGAGCUGAAUAAAUGCCGCUCUAGUGUCCGUCGUGUUUUUCUUUUUUUCUUUUUUCCUCCGCCGCGGACCUCUAAAACGGGAGGCCUGCUCCGGUGCUCCCCCUAACCUAAUUUCGGAGGGGUAUUUUAUCCCCGCGAAUUUGUUUUUUUCCUGGCCCGCCGCAGCCCAGAUCCAAGCCCUGUCUAGCCCUGUAU